AUGAAGUUUCUUACCGUGUUCCUCCUGGCUGCCCUUGUUUCUGGCACCUGUGCACUGCACAAAUGUACCGUGAUGAGGGCGAUAAAACAGGGUAAUGUGAUCGGCAUUAAGGGCUACACUCUUGGAGACUAUAUGUGCCUGGUCCAUCAUGCCAGUUAUUAUGAUCACACCUUGCGCAGAAGUCCCUCUGAAUACGGCAUCUUCCAGAUCAACAGUUACUGGUGGUGUAACGAUUACGAAACUUCUGGGCGCCAGAAUCUAUGUGGAAUGCCUUGUUAUGACCUACUGGACAGCGGUCUUUCAGAUGACAUAGCAUGCCUAAGGAGAAUUGUGAGAGAUCCAAAUGGACUUGAUGCCUGGAGCGUCUGGACAAAGCACUGCAAGGGAAGAAACCUCUACUCCUACACCACUGGAUGUUAA